AUGUUGUUCCGCACUGCUUGGGCCCGUCAGGCUCUUCCUCUCCGCCGUCAGGCCUUCACUCCCUUGGCGCGCCGUUCCGUCACCACCGACGCUGCUUCGGCGCAUGCUGAAAACAUUCCCCAGGAAGAUGACAAGCCCUUCACCGUCCGUCUCUCCGAUGAGAGCUUCGAGACCUACGAACUCGACCCCCCACCCUACACUCUUGAGGUCACCAAGAAGGAUCUGAAGCAGAUGUACUACGACAUGGUCACUGUCAGACGGAUGGAAAUGGCUGCAGACCGUCUCUACAAGGAGAAGAAGAUCCGGGGUUUCUGUCACUUGUCGACCGGUCAGGAAGCCGUCGCCGUCGGUAUCGAGCACGCCAUCAACGCCGACGACAAGCUUAUCACUGCUUACCGUUGCCACGGUUUCGCUUACAUGCGCGGUGGUACCGUCCGCUCCAUCAUCGGUGAGCUGCUCGGCCGUCGCGAGGGUAUCGCCUACGGAAAGGGUGGUUCCAUGCACAUGUUCGCCCCCAACUUCUACGGUGGAAACGGUAUCGUCGGUGCUCAGGUGCCUGUUGGCGCUGGUCUGGCUUUCGCUCAGCAGUACAACGAGCAGCCCAACACCAGUAUCAUCCUGUAUGGUGACGGUGCUGCCAACCAGGGUCAGGUUUUCGAGGCUUUCAACAUGGCUAAGCUGUGGAACCUUCCUGCUCUGUUCGGUUGCGAGAACAACAAAUACGGUAUGGGUACCUCCGCGGCUCGGUCCUCCGCUUUGACCGAGUACUACAAGCGUGGUCAGUACAUCCCCGGUAUCAAGGUCAACGCUAUGGAUGUCCUUGCCACCAAGGCCGCCGUCAAGUACGCCAAGGACUACACCGUGGCCGGCAACGGUCCCUUGGUUUUCGAGUACGUCACCUACCGGUACGGUGGUCACUCCAUGUCCGACCCCGGUACCACCUACCGUAGCCGUGAGGAGAUUCAGCGCAUGCGCAGCACCUACGACCCUAUCGCCGGUCUCAAGCAAAAGAUCCUCGACUGGAGCGUCAUGACCGAGGAUGACCUCAAGAACCUCGACAAGGAGGCCCGUGCCCACGUCGAUGAGGAGGUCGCCGCCGCCGAAGCCAUGCCUGUCCCCGACAACACUCCCCGUAUCCUCUAUGAAGACAUUUACGUCCGUGGCAGUGAGCCCCGCUGGAUGAGAGGCCGUACCGUGGAUGAGACGUUUUACUACUAG